CUUUUUCCUUUUCCUCCUGAUUUGCCUUUGCUCAUCACCUUGUAGCGAGUCUUCUGUGGAACUAAGAGACGUUCUGCACCACUAAGAUGAAGACGCUCACCAGAUUCCUACUGCUGGCUGUGUUGCUUUCUGCAAAAUACGCAAGUGCUCAGAAAUCUUUGGUUGAUCUGAAGAUUCAGGAAUCAGUUGCUGUCAAAGUGUCUUCAUUGCUGAUGACGGCCCAGCUGGUUUGCCAAGAUGUGUUUGCUCGCGGUGCUGAGGCCGCUUGUCCUUCAGGUUUUAUACCCACUGGAUGUGGCUGUGGAAUGGGUUGUGGAUCUUGGGAUAUUCGUGGGAACUCAGUUUGCCACUGCCAAUGUGCCCGUAUUGACUGGACUUCUUCCCGGUGCUGCAAAGUCGCUGUUGCUGGUUGAUGGCUCCUAAGCUGCUUUGAUGGCAGGUUGAUGGCUCCAACCCACUGUCAGUUGGCUCCAGUUCCUAUGCUCAAUAAAAGUAUGAAUCAAUAA